AUCAGGCCAUCUCUAUUAAAUUUUUCGUCUUCAACAUUAGGACGGUAUGGAAAUCGACGCGGACACAUUAUCACAGCUGCGAGUGCUGCAACGUCAGUACUUCCAGCUCGUGGAACCAUCACAGUUACGAUGGCCAAGUGGUAGAGUCUUGAUGGCGCCUGAUGUUCAGUCCUGGAUGUUUGUCAAUCUGUUCGAUCCUGGAGGAGUAAAGUCACCACCACCCGAGCGCUACCAGCUCAGGGUUCUCAAGCUUAUUAUAUCGAAGCUGGAGAGGUCAAUUGAAGACCCAGAGGAGGAUGAAGUCUCAGAUGAUCUCAUGUCUGCCAUGUCUUCACUUCUCAUCUCCAAUAUCCCUUCCGAGGCCGACUCCGCACAGCAGAAGGCGUUUGUGACGUACACCUACCCUCUCCACCCAACUGACGGCAGUACCUCGGACGAACGUACAGUGACGCUCCUCGAAGCACGGUCCGUUAUCUCUUCGUCCGGGACUACCGGACUAAGAACUUGGGAACCUUCACUGGUCCUUGGGUCAUAUCUUGCCUCUGAGAAUGGAUGUUCGAUGGUUCAAGGAAGGAAGGUAUUCGAGUUGGGUGCAGGAACGGGGAUGCUCUCUAUCCUAUGUGCCAAGUACCUUGGAGCUUCUGGCAUAGUUGCCACAGACGGCGAUGAGGGUGUCGUCGAUGCUAUUAAUACGAAUCUUUUCCUGAAUGGUCUCGACGCUUCAUCACGGUGCCCAGUCCGGACUGCGGCUCUCAAGUGGGGGUGGCCGAUUGAUACCGCGUCCUUCUCAGAGGAUUAUGGAAUGGACGCACCGGAUAUUUUACUGGGUGCAGACGUCACAUACGACAAAUCUGUCAUCCUGCGACUGGUAACAACGCUAGGGAGUUUCUUUGACAUGAACUCAGCACUCCAAGUGCUCAUAUCAGCACCGAUACGCAACGAGCAGACGUUCGAGACUUUCUUGAACGCGUGUAAGCGGAACAGCUUUAGUUCUGAACGCAUCGACGUCUCACCGGUUCCUGAACAUAUGCAGGAGGGGCCAUUUUAUUCAUCGUCAGCCCCGAUCCAAAUCUGGCGCAUCGCCAGGCAGCACGCUGCUGAGGAUCCAUUUGCCGUCUGAAGAUCUGUCAGUAUGCACCUGUCAGAUUGAACCAUGGCUACUACCCUUUUUAGUGCUGCAAACUGCUGCAUGCAGUAUUGACUCUGGAGUAGUCAGUCGGGAUCUUCAGGGGGCAGAAUAUGCGAAACAGUAAGUGCUCGUGAUUGAGCAACAUCGUUGGGUGCUAUUUGGG